AUGAGAGAUAUAUGUGAUCUAGUACACCCUCGUUGUCGUAUCUGUCUAAAUAAUCUUAUUGAUGAUCAAACACAUGAUUCUUCGAAUGUAGUUCGUUGUGCUCAAUGUGAUGGUCACCAUCAUUCAUUAUCUAAUGACUGUGAAAAGGUCGUCGAAUAUCGAUCCAAGUUAAACGAACAAGUUAACAACGCAAUAUCAACAGGCAAAUUACAUCGAUUAAUGCCUCAAGAUCGUGCUCAGUCGAUACAAUUUCAGAUGAAGCAAAAUGAAUUUCCUUCACUACCGUCGCUUAUGUCUCGUACUACUACAUGGAAACUAGCUUCAGCACAACCAUCAGUAACAACUAAUAUUAAUGAAAGCGAAGAUUCAACAAAAAUGUUAUUCUCGAUAAAUUAA